GCUACAAAAGGCAGCCGCGCGGACCUUCUCGUACACUGCUGCUCCGAGAGCUCAGUCAGCCCCACGUUCCUCCCCACGCCAUGGCGUUCAUGAUCCCGGCUGUCCGCAACGAAUACGACAUCUACCUCAGCCGAAGCCCACGCAACUGCGGUUCACCGCCGACGCAGGAAUGGUCGACAAGUAGCGUCGAGGAGUACCUCAGGAGCAUGCGUGGAUCGGCUUGCCAAAACAACAACAGCAUCUCCGUGAAGAACAACAACCUUGGGGCGAGCAGGGACCGUUCGUCCUGUUCUUCGUCGCCUCAGCGCAAGACAAGCAGGGACGUCGUCAGCAUGCAAGCACGAGCCGACCCGGUGCUCAUCGAGAAGCUGAAGAAGUGCGACCCGUCUUAGCGAUGGCGAUCGUAUCCCUCUGCGCCUUUCUCAAGCAUUCGGGACGUGCCGAGGUAAACCUGGCACCGUAGAUGCUCAUCGACGAACGAAGCCAGUGGUUUUGCAGGAUCUGAGGAACGUCUCCCAACGGCACGCCUUCGGUGACGCGACGUUAAAUCGCGAGUCCAUGCACAGAACGUUCCCCAGCGAUGACCAGCAGCCCCUCGAUGAAGACCACAGAGCAAGUACACUUCACCACCAUGACUUGCGCGUUGAAUUUAUUACGCAAAUAUCAAGCGUCAUACUUACAAGUUAUUUCCGGAAGACAUGCUGCUUUGCGAUCGAUUGUAACUGAUCGACGCGCAUACAAAGAAAACAUUAGGCGAUGUAAAAAUCGAUCAUGUAAUGCCUUCUGGCCCUUAAGGUUGAAUAAAUGAAAUGAAAUGAAAUGCUGUUUCUCUGCUGCCUUCGGCAAUUACUUCUCGACCAGUUGUACUUUUGUUGUGAACUAUAACAUAGUAACAAAAACGCGGAAACUGAUGUAACCGAAAGCUGCUGAAGCACACCUAUGCAACGACGUAGACCUUGGAAUUUGAUGUUGGAUGCCCAAUAAAACGUUGUCUUCCAUAUAUAA